CAUGAAAAGCCUGCGAUCAUUUGGAAAUCUAUUUCCCCUGUGUCUUUACAAAAGCUGAAGGUGUCUAUUGCUGACGACGCCAGGUGGAGUCUUGUAAAGCGCAGACAGGACUCGGAAUCCUUUGACAUCUACAUACAGAACACACUUUCAGCCCUUUACCCGCCAUUCGAAGUCACUGCAGCCACUGUCCUGUGGCAGCUGUUCCACGUGGUGGAGAAGUCGUACCAAGGGGAUGGACUCCGCUGCCUAAUCGACUUCCUGGUUCCCGCCAAGAGGAUCCUUCAGCGCAUUCAGCAGGACACAUGUGCCAGGUAUGCGGGCGUCAUCUUCCGUCAUGAAGGCUGGCCGUUGUGUGUCCAUGAAAAGGUGGUGGUGCAGUUAACAUCUCUCCAUAAGGUCCCCCUCAAGGCUGGAGACUUUUACAUUCAGGUUGCACCACAGGGGAACCAAUCCGCGAAACUGGUGCUGAAAUGCCUUUCCGCAAAUGGGCAGUCAGUGGAAGAGGUCCUUGUUCCCGAGGAUGUCUAUGCAAAGCUCUUCACCGCGGAGUUUCUGGAGAAUGUGAGCCGUGAGCGUGAGUUUUCCCUGCACAGCUGCCUUUUAACGAGCGGCACGCUUGUCCUCCGCGUGCGCUGGGAGAACGUCAUUAACCCUGUGUUUGUCAACAGGCCCAAAACCGAGCCGGCUAACUCACAUUCCGGCGCAAACCGCCGCGACCAGAUCGCGGCCGCCACGGAGAAGAUGCCGCAAAUGACAAAAAGCAACAACCUGCCGGAUCACUGCAGUCCCACUGAAGCAGUGGUUCCAAUGGAAAAAACAGCAAUUUCGGAGGGUAACAUGGAGUGUGGGAUCCAGCUGUCCGAGAACAUGCAACCUUUUGGAACUUGCAUCAAACAGGAAGCUGCCAAGGGGUUGAAGGAAGGAGACAACUCAUUGUUUUGCCCAAGUUUUGACAGCACUGACAUAAUCCCUUUACUGAGUUUAGCUCAACCCACUCCACUUCCUGAUGAGGCCCCGACAGUUAACAAUGAAGUGUUGGUGGUUCCCAGCCCUGAGGCCAGGGUUACUACGAAAGUUUUAACCUUUGCCACAGACUUGAGUAGCCCUUGUCAAAAGAGGAAGCAGCGGCGAGACUCAAUGUACCUCGAAACAAGACGCUUGUUUAGGAAGUCGUACAUGGAGGCUUUACAGAAUCCGAUGCCACUGGGCUUCAACUCCGAGGGGUCGAUAGCUGAGGAGGUGUUGGAGCAUAAAACUGAGGUGAUCACUAAUGGAAACUUAAGGAUAUUUACCAAGAGACACAGUGAAAAGAUGAACCAAAAGCAGGAUCCACAUGUCAGCGGCUCGGAAAGUAAAGUAGUGACUGAAGGGGAAAAAAUCACCCAGAUCUGCCAAGACCCAGUUGGGCCUGUCACAUUGCAAGAUCAAUCCUCCACUCGAAUAUGUCGCAGAAGAUCCAAGUCUUUGGACAUGGCAUAUAAGAGCUUUCAGGAUAAAGCUUUAAAGACGCGAUUCUCUUCCGGUGAUUCCUCAAGAAAAAAGGUAUCAAAUGGCCAUGCGGUAGAAAUGGAUAAGUUGUCUCCUGACUCGUAUCUUACCGAUGGUGGAAGCACCCCCAAGACUCCAGCAGGUUGCUCUCAGAGCGGUGUGGCUGGGACAGACAGGAGGGGCAGCUGCCACUCGGAUUUAACCCAGACGCUGGAGACCACAGAGACCACCCCCUCACCAGCGUGCCCUCAAACCACAGUGCAGUUCCAACGCAACGCCCAAGUCUGCAGCAGCCUCCCUGCCACGGCAGCAGAGGUGAACCUGGACCUGUUGCAUUCGGGGAUCGCUCAGUUACCAGGGAACAGAGACAAAGUUGGCCGAGCUGUGAUCCAGAUCUGGACACACAACAUAAUCUGGUUGAAUCAAAGUUACCCCAGCAUGGAACUGACCAAUCUACUGGGGUAUUACUUCACCAUUCCCAGGAAGGAUGUGCGGGAACUUGGACUGACCAUAUUAGUAGAUGCUCGCAGAUGUCCACCUGCACCCACCCUCUUCAAAGCUUUUACUGCACUCCAGAUUGCCGUGCCAAAUUCCAUCAAUUCAGUCUUGGUUUUAGUGGAACGAGAAUCGACGUUCAGGCCCGAAAGAGAUCCACUUGUUCAGCAUGAAGUAGUGACGUCACUGAAGACUCUACACAGACACAUCGAUGGCUGUCAACUGACACAGGAGUUUUCCGGCACCUUUCCUUACGACCACAAUGACUGGAUCCGUUUCCACAUGAAGUUGGAGCCAUUCAUGAAAAGUUGCCGCGGGGCACUAAUCUACUUGAAGAAUUCCAUCAACUCUCUGAACAUCAGCAGAAUGCCGACCACAGCACAGGAAGUCAUUGAGCUCCUCAACCAGCACACAAGGAUAAUGAAAUGUGUGCUGGAAGACUCCCGGCUAGUAGGAUUGCGCCUGGAAGGUGGGACCGUCCUUGCCAGGAUUCGAAAAGAUGAAUUCUGUGACACUGAUGAUUACAGGAAUGCUAUGGACACGGUCACAAUGCUCUACAAUCAGGUGGAUGAAGAAGUCCAUAGAUUGGUCAAACUCUCCAACGAAUGCUUGCAGCACCUACAAAUCCAUUUGGGGCUGAAAAAGAUAGAGGAAGGAAGUACGAAGAUACAACAUUGGGCUGAGAGUGAGGGAAAAAAGCAUUUUGAUCAAAUAGAUUGUUUGCCACAUUCCCUGGAAGCAUUGAAACAAAAGCAGGAGGAGUAUAAUACCUUCUACAUCCUGGCUGUGCAACAUUACAAAAGAGGAAUGCAGCUGGUUAAAGAUGCUGGCCAUCUGAACAAUCAGUCACACAACGAGUUGCUGCAUUUGGAAGAAAUAAUUAAGGAAUUCAAGCAAUUUCUGAGUAACUUCAUCAGCAAACUAGAAAGGCAGAGAACGGAUAUGGACAACAUAGUUAAUUUGUAUGAAUUUUAUGAGACGGCUGAUCAGUGGAUCUUGCACUGCAGUGAUUAUCUAAGGCAACUGAAAGUAAGUGAGCAAAGCACUUUGUUGGACACCACCACUAUGGUCCAAAAUCUGGAAAGAUACCACCAAGAGGCCACCAAGUUCAAUGCAGAAAACUUUGAGACAUUGAAUGAGAUGGUUCAUGCCCUUGGUAGUGCUCGGGAGCUGAAGCAGUGGAACGUGCAGUGGAUGAAGUACCAACAGACCAGGCACCUUUUAGAGGAGGUGCUGGCUGCAGCACUCAGAGUCCAGGAGAGCCAAAGCAACAACCUAGGCACCACUGUACACUCGGAGGAUGAAGGGCCCAGGACAAGUGGUGAAUUUGACACGGAAGGAUCAGAUGAACUCGGAGAUUCUCCAAGCCAGAAAAGCACCGAGACUUUACAGAACGGGGUUUGGCCCGAUGGCACGAUGCACCUGCAAAAAGAGGGCCAGGAUUUAAUGGCAGUGAACGGCUCCAUAACAUCGGGCUAUAAAGAGCUCGGCCAAAAUGGUGACCCUCCGUAUACGUGCAGCACGUCCCCUCCCUCCUCGGCCCCGGCUUGCAGUCGGACCCAAGGGAGCGAGUUCUACUUCAAAGACAUUGACAGCUGUACGGAGACCUCCUCUGCCAUGUCCUGUCACCCUGAGCCCCCUAGCUCGCCGGGGCCAAGGCACAAAAAGCAUCCGUUGAAAAAGAUCAUGAGGAAGACUCAAAGCGCUGAGCUGUGGCAGCGAGAGAUUAGCCCGAGCGAGGCCGGCCGGCACGGCAACACUGGCGUUUACAUCAAGGGGCUGGAGGUGGUCAGCAGCGUGGUCACUGACAAAAAUCGAAUCCCCAGGUCAGAGCUGAAAAGCCCGGCGUUGAUCAGGAGGCACAGCUUAUCAGCGUCUUCCAGGACCCAUCAUUCCCAGACGCAGGAUUCCAAGAUCGCGGGCAGCAAGUUGCAACACAUCAUGGAAGAAAUGAUUGGCACAGAGAGAGAGUACGCCAAGUCCCUUGGAUACAUCAUAGAUCAAUACUUCCCAGAGAUGGAGAGAAUCGACCUGCCUCAAGAUCUGCGCGGAAAGCGUAACACCAUAUUUGGGAAUUUGGAAAAGCUGUAUGAUUUUCACUGUCAGCACUUUCUGAAGGAACUUGAACAAUGUACAAACAGUCCCCUUCGAGUCAGCCACUGUUUCCUCAGACACGAAGAGCAAUUUCGGAUGUAUGCACUAUACAGCAUGAACAAACCACGGUCUGACAGUCUGCUCGCAAGUCACGGGAACGCUUUCUUUAAAAAUAAGCAGCUGGCACUUGGCGACAAGAUGGACCUGGCCUCCUACCUACUGAAGCCCGUCCAGCGGAUGAGCAAGUACGCACUGCUGCUGAAAGACAUGAUCAAACACUGCAGCAAAACACAGGAGCAGGAGUUCAACGAUCUCCAAGCAGCUGAGGAGAUGGUGAAGUUUCAGCUCCGUCAUGGGAAUGACCUGCUGGCGAUGGAUGCCAUUCGUGGGUGCGAUGUGAAUCUGAAAGAGCAAGGACAGCUUAUGUGUCAGGAAGAAUUCGUCAUAUGGUGCGGGCGCAAAAAAUAUCUGCGGCACAUCUUCCUCUUUGAGGACCUUAUUCUCUUCAGUAAAACAAAAAAGAUCGAGGGAGGAUACGACGUCUAUGUUUACAAACUGUCAUUUAAGACGGCCGAGAUUGGAAUGACCGAGAACGUUGGAGAAAGUGGGCUGCGUUUUGAGAUCUGGUUCAGGAGAAGGAAAUCUCAGGACACUUAUAUCUUUCAGGCCAGCUCUGCUGAGGUUAAGUUAACCUGGACGAAUGUCAUAGGAAAAAUCCUAUGGCGGCAAGCCCUCAGAAACCGAGAGUUGAGGAUGCAAGAGAUGGUAUCCAUGGGGAUCGGUAAUAAACCAUUUAUGGACAUCAAGCCCAGUGAGGCUGCCAUCAGCGAUCAUGCAAUUGAUUACAUCAUGAAGGGUACAGAAACUAGAACAAGAACAUCUAUUGCUGUGACUUCAUUCGACCACUCCAUUUCCUUCAAGAGGCCUCAUUCCACCAUAUCCAAUAGCAGCACCUCAUCUUCGAGCAGCCAAUCAUCCUCCUCCAUUCUGGGGACUCUCAAUCUUCACGUGUACUCGAGCCCGAUGCAUGCUGGUCUGCAUUUGACACCUUUCAACCAGUGGUCCUCUGAUAUUGGCACGUGCAUCGAAGAAGAUGAACUGGAGCAAGAUGCAGGGAGCCAACCCUCUAUAAUCACAGAGAGCUCGGAGACCUCUUCACUAUGCACUUCAGCGGAAAGCAUCAGUGGCUCAACUCUCAGCUAUGUACACCAGCUUUCCGCAGAGACAUUUUCUGAUGAGGCACCUAAUCCCGACUCGAACAAGGCUUCCCAUUAUUCAUCUCCAAAUCUUUCUCCGAAGAUGCAGAGGGCCAAGCAGGCAAAGAACCAAUAUAUAACUGCGCAAGAGGUCUGUGUGGUGGUGUCGGAACCUGAGCCACUGAUGAUUUGAACACAUUUGACUGGAGACUGGUGCAAUGAACAAUGUGUGAAAAGCAGUUGCUUCCCAUGCAAUGGCAGGCAAUUAUAAUCAAGUGAUCUGAAUGUCCGAGGGAUCAAACGCUGGUGUGUUUUUAUUGAGCCAGCAGGUCAGAAACUGAGGCAAACACAAGGCUGAGUUACAAUUGCUUCUUGGUUCUGCUUGCUUUUAUUCCACUUGCUAAUGUCUUACAGUAAAUAUUCUAGUACAUGCUGUAAAUAUUCUUCAUGCCAAUGUCCAUUGUCAUUAAAAUCCCAAACUACUUUUCUUCAUUAAUAUUCUGGAAAUAAUCCUACCCAUUCAUAUUCUUUUGAUCAAAUGUACAUUUGCAGCAAUUUAAACAAAUGGGUAAGCUUUGCUAUGUGACCAUUGAUGGACCUACUGAAUACGAUUGCUUGCCUAUUCUAUGGAUUAAAACUGGCAGCAAAUAAAACGACCUGCUUCCUUUAAUCUUUUUUAUAUGCUGUGAUUUUGUUUCUGGCGACCAAGGCAUAUAUUUUCGCUGCCGAACAGUAAAGG